AUGGACGUGCUUCGCUGUGUUUGUGUGUUCCUGUGUCUGUUGGCUGCGGCCGCCGCGGAGGGUGUCGCAUGCUCCCAGAUGUCCAACACCACAUGUGAAACCUGCCUGAAGAAUGUUACGUGUCUGUGGUGUAACACAAACAGAAAAUGCCUAGAAUAUCCUGUAAGAAACAUCCUGCCUCCCUCAUCCCUGUGUAAACUGAGUGAUGCCCGCUGGGGAAUAUGCUGGGUGAAUUUUGAAGCUCUAAUCAUUGCCAUGUCUGUGGUUGGUGGAGUUAUUAUUUUGUCUCUGGUUGUCUGCUGUUGCUGCUGUUGUAGGAAAAAGAAGAACCGAAAUUCCAGCUUGGAGACUGAGAGAACGAUGAGAGAAAAUGAAGAGAGAAAAGUUCGCCAGGAAGAACGGAGGACCCAAAUGAAAAAACACGACACGAUGAAAUAAGGAAGAAAUAUGGCUUGUUUAAAGAAGAUAAUCCUUAUUCAAAGUUUGAUAAUUGA